AGUGGCCUUGCUCCCCUGAACGCCGCCACCCGACACCAUCAUACCGAGAGCCCUCCAAGACCGAUCCUCGCGCGCGCGCCCUCGAACCACCGCGUUUACCUUCAUACCAUGAGCCGAGAUGCAGAUGACUUGCUGCAAACCGAGACGGCCUCUGCCGUUGGCACGCGCUCUAGCGCGGACAUUCGUCGAGCCAUGAUCGCGCCGAGGAUGCAGUAUCGAAGCCGACCUGUCUCUGUCGCUGUAGACCCCGUGUCUUUGGUCAUGUCCGAGUGCAUAUCGAUCACUUCUGCGAUUCAAAAACAUGCGCGAUCACCUCAUUCUUCCGUUUCGGCCAUCUUGGGUGGGAGCCCAAACCCGAUUCACCUGGGGCCCCCGAGUCCUUCACCGAGGGGUGCAUCCAAGACACCAGGCACUGGACUCGGGAUCGAUGGCGCUCAGGACGUGGCCUCCGCCAACAGAUGGGGCCUACGUGGAAAGAAGGGUCGCAGCAUACAGGACAACCCAUUGAUGGCCGGGUUUGGGAAGCUCCGUCAUGAAUUGGCCAGCGUUAGAGACAUACACUCAUUCGACGCUCUGGUUCUCUUGAAUCCGUUCCUUCAGAUAAUCCAAACGAAAGGUACGGCCGCGCCCAUAACCAUCCUCACUCUGGGAGCCCUGCGCAAGUUCUUGGCAUACGGGUUUAUAAGCCCUGCGUCACCACGAUUCGCCCUUGCCAUGCAGUCCCUAUCAGCAGCCGUCACUCGGUGUCAAUUCGACGGAAGCGACUCAGGACAGGUGGAGGUUGUUCUCCUGAUGAUUCUUCACCUAAUGGAGGACAUGAUGUCGGGGCCAGGAGGCGACAUUUUAAGUGACGAAAGUGUUUGCGAUAUGAUGGGCAGGGGGCUAGCAAUUUGCUCGCAACCUCGAUUUUCGCCCGUCCUCCGACGAACAGCCGAGGCGUCCAUGGUUCGCAUGUGCCAGAUUAUCUUUGAGGACGUCAAACACCUCGAGGUUGAGGCCGGAGAUGAGUCCGACGCUCUCGACAAGCAAACAAGCGCAGACAUGGACAGCGUCAAAAUGGAUCCAGCCGCGACUACUGCGCCAGGCUUGCAGGUGACGAGCCCUGAACCGGAUGCGCGCCUGUCCACCUCAAGCUCGACUCCCUUGGACCCGAAUCCACGAUCUCGGGGAGGCUCAGAGUCGGGUGAUAGCAAGACCGACGCUGGCGCUGGCGGCGAUGUGGAGGCCGAUGGUGAUGCAGAUGGCGCGGAGAGUUCCGACUCUUUGGAUCUCCGGCCCUACUCGCUGCCUUCUGUGCGGGAACUCUUCCGGGUUCUAGUCAACUUCUUGGACCCCAACGACCGGCAGCAUACCGACACUAUGAGAGUCAUGGCAUUGCGCAUUAUUCACGUUGCCCUCGAGGUUUCUGGUCCCUCUAUUGCGCGGCACCCUGCUUUGGCUGGGAUAGCCGAGGACAGGCUCUGCUGCUAUCUCUUCCAGCUUGUUAGGUCGGACAACAUGGCCAUCCUGCAAGAGUCGUUGAUCGUGGCCGGCACGUUACUAGCCACCUGCCGCGGUGUUUUAAAAUUGCAGCAGGAACUCUUUCUUUCGUAUCUCGUUGCGUGCCUUCACCCGUCGGUAGAAAUACCGCGAGAACCAGGCAUUGACCCGUCACUGUAUGCCGGGAUACCGCAAUCCCCCAAGCUCGUCAAGCCACCCCCAUCGCAGACCAGCAGCGGCCGCUCGACGCCAGUCCCGGUGAAGGAUCGGCAAAAACUCGGUCUUGAGGGUGGUGCCAGGAAGCCAGACGCACGACAAGCCAUGGUUGAGAACAUUGGUGUACUGUCAAGGAUGCCAACGUUCAUGGCUGAACUCUUUGUCAAUUACGAUUGCGACGCUGAUCGAGCGGACCUAUGCGAAGACAUGAUUGGCCUUCUCUCGAGAAAUGCUUUGCCGGACUCUGCAACUUGGAGCACGACGAGCGUGCCACCGCUUUGCUUGGAUGCACUGCUCAGAUACAUCCAGUUCAUCGCCGAAAGGUUGGACGAACCCCCGGUUGUCGAUGGCUAUCCCGACGCUACGGAGCUACGGGAACUGAGACGGAAGAAGAAGAUCAUUAUCAAGGGUACCAGCAAGUUCAACGAGAACCCCAAGGGCGGCCUUGCCUAUCUCGAGGCCCAGGGAAUCAUCUCCGACCUCAAGGAUCCAGUCGCGGUCGCCAAGUUCCUCAAGGGAACAUCGCGCGUGUCCAAAAAGGUCCUCGGCGAGUAUCUCUCCAAGAAGGGAAACGAGGCCGUACUAGAGGCGUUCAUGGGCCACUUCGACUUUUCAGAGAAGCGAGUGGACGAGGCGCUCAGAGGACUGUUGGAGACAUUCAGAUUGCCUGGCGAGUCAGCAUUGAUUGAGAGAAUCGUUGUCUGUUUCGCAGAUAAGUACUGCUUGAAGGCGAAACCAACCGAGGUCGCCAACGCGGAUGCUGUCUAUGUCCUGACCUACGCCAUCAUCAUGCUCAACACGGAUCAGCACAACCCCAACCUCAAGAGUCAAAAGCGUAUGACCGUGGACGAUUUUGCACGAAAUUUGCGAGGCGUCAAUGAUGGCCAAAAUUUUGCGCCAGAGUAUCUUCAGGAUAUUUUUGACAACAUUAGAACCAACGAGAUCAUCCUGCCUGAUGAGCAUGACAACAAGCAUGCGUUUGACUAUGCUUGGCGCGAGUUGCUCGUCAAGUCGGAAUCGGUGCGUCCGCUGGUUCUGUGCGAGACGAACAUCUACGAUGCCGACAUGUUCGCCUCAACGUGGCGGCCUAUCGUGUCCACCCUUUCUUACGUAUUCAUGUCGGCUACGGACGAUGCAGUCUUUGCGAGGAUCGUCACUGGCUUUGACGAAUGCGCUCGUAUUGCGGCCAAGUAUAAAAACACGGAGGCUCUCGAUCAGAUCAUCUACGCACUGAGCCACAUGACAACCUUGGCUACUGACAUACCCUUCAACACCAACUUGAAUACCGAGGUCCAAGCUGGCGAAAGCAGUGUCAUGGUCAGCGAGCUGGCAGUGAAACUUGGAAGAGACUUCAGGGCGCAACUGGCGACUCUGGUACUUUUCCGGGUUGUCACUGGCAGUGAGGAGUUAAUUCAGGAUGGUUGGAAACAUAUCACCCGCAUAUGGCUCAACCUCUUUGUCAACUCCCUGGUCCCUCCCUUCUUUGCGGAUUCACCAGUUCUGGACAUUGGUCCGAUCCCGCUGCACACACCUUCUCAGGUAAUCGAUCGUGCUGCAAAGACUGUCGAUACGGGCUUCUUUUCUGCCUUCACUAGCUACAUUUCCAGCUACGCAGCAGACGAUCCACCAGAACCCUCGGACGAGGAACUGGAAAGUACCCUCUGCACCGUCGACUGUGUCAACUCAUGUCAUAUGGGCAACGUCUUUGCCAACAUCUCAAAACUCUCCCCUCAAGACCUAGAGCCGUUGAUUGACUCCCUCCUCAACGCACUACCUGAAGAUAACAACCCAACGGUGAUCGUUGUCAAGUCGGACAAUGUACCCGCAGCAACAAUGAACGGCCAAAAGCCCGUGCAACCAGGAGCUGUGUACGACCCUGCCAUGGCCUACAUCCUUGAGUUCAGCACAGUCCUGGCUCUUCGCGAUCAGGACACUGUCCAACUUGUAGCAAAGAGGGUCAUCGAAGCACUGCAGGUCGUACUGCGAGAUGCUGGACGGUACCACUACAUUGUUGUCUCGAGGGCGACCUUUUAUCUUCUCAAGCUACUCCGAGUCAGCUAUGCUCAUGAUUACAUCAACGUCCCGGUACUGUUGCACACAAUCUCGAGCUUCCCCAAGGAAGCACUGGCGAGAACUUCGACCAUGGUGCUCCAGGGCUUAAGACUGUGCAUUGACGAACCCAGCCCACUACGCAACGAGAUCAUGACUUCCCCGGACUUCUGGGCAAUCAUGCGAGCACUUACCGGACGUCCAGAUUCUGCACCUCUCGUGUUUGACAUUCUCGAGUUAGGUUGCGGAGGUACACCACCUGCUAUCAUUGCCGACAACUACGAGGCGGCCAUCUCUCUCUUUGGCGACUUCGCGUCCGGGGCAGGUCGGAUUGUCCUUGCAGAGCGCAAGCUAGAUGCCCAGCAGCGUAAGGCCCGAGAGGGGACACACGACAAGACGACUGUCAAUGAGGCAAUCUCACGAGGUACCAAGGCGGUCAACAGUAUUCACAAUAUGACAGCGCGUAUACCUUUCUUGAUGAAGCAGUCCCAUCUUGAGAGCAACGAAGCAUGGUCCGCUUACUGGCUCCCUAUCUUCCAAGCACUAACAACGCAAUGUACAAACCCAUGCCGCGAUGUUCGCCUCCAGGCGUUCACGUCGCUGCAGCGAUCUCUACUCUCGCCUGAGCUCACUGACAGUGACCACAAGGAGUGGACCGCCAUAUUUGGCGAGGUCCUGUUCCCUCUCAUUCACAAACUCCUUAAGCCUGAAGUCUUUUCAUCGGACCGUGACGGCAUGAGCGAGAUGCGUGUUCAAGCUGCGUCCCUGCUGUGCAAAGUGUUCCUUCAGUAUCUCGUGCUCCUCUCAGAGUGGGACGGAAUGCUGGAUCUGUGGGUCAAGAUUAUUGACAUCAUGGAUCGGUUGAUGAAUAGCGGUCAAGGCGAUAGCCUGGAGGAGGCAGUUCGGGAGAACCUCAAAAACGUGGUGCUUUUCAUGGCAAGCAGCGGCUUCUUGGUGUCCCCCAGACAAGACGCUUCGAAGGAAAAGUUAUGGAACGAGACCUGGAAACGGAUCGACCGUUUCCUUCCAGAACUGAAGAGUGACCUGGCCUUGGAAGAACCAAGUAGUGGAGAAGAGCCGGCGCCAGCGGCUGGUACGACUGCCUAG